AUUUUCGGUUUUCCAUUUUCCAAUGAUCAAUCAUCAGUAUUUGUGACAAAGUGAAAACUGGAUAAUGUAAAUAAGAGAACUUAUAAAAUUCAUAAGAUACAUAGUGUCACAGUGCAGUUUAAUGGGGUUUUGAAACAUGUGAAAAUAAAUUGAUCUACUCCUACAAUGAAUAAAACUGCUUUAUAAUUUUUUUAACAACUGACUACAAUGUUUACAAAAAAAUCACACCAAGAUGUCAAGAAAUCAACAGUUAAAAUUCAGGAUUCAAAGAAAGACUCUACCACCCGAUUAAAACACUUGAGGAUAGUUUUAGAGCACUUUGAAACAGAUGAAGCAAAAACAUACUUUGAGGCCAAUUUUAGUCAUGUUUACUUUAUUCUCUAUGACAACUUUAUUUUAGCCGAAAAUAAUCUACGACAAAGAGAACUUCCGUUCCAUCUUGUGCACAAGGCUGGUAAAGAAGAGUUAGAAGGUGCAUUGUCACUUUUAGAAAAAGUUUUAUGUCUUUUACCAGAGUUGAUAGGUAAAAGAUGGCAACUUCACUCAUUGACAAGAAUAUUUUCAAAACUCCUCCAUGGAGGAAAUUCACAUAAGCUUCGGGCAGAUGCAAUAAGAUUUUUUCUAUUAUGGUAUCAAGCCCUUGGUGAUAAUGCUCCACCAGAAGUACAUAGAAUGUUUGCAUCUCUCGUACCUGGAUUACCUGAUUCUUGUCUGCCACCCAUUGGCUCACCAUUCAAACCAAAGGUUUUUGACAUAGCAACAAAUAUAUCACAAGAAUCUAAUGAAUUCAAAGUAGAUGAUAUAUUGCAACAUCCAAAUUUUAGUUCAAUGGAAAAUGCCAAAAAAGUAGUAGUCGAACAGACACCUACUGGAUUCAUGGGAAAAUUAGCAAAUGUGUCUGCAUCAAUAUUUCAUGAUACAAACGCUUUAAACCCCGUCCAAAGUGUUGACAUACAGCCUCUGUUACCUCCAAGUGCCAGUGAGAAAGUUAUAGAAAAUGAGACAAAACACUAUUUUGAAAUACUACUCGAUAGUAUGGCUACAACUGUCAUUAAAGUGCAGUGGAAGGACAGAUCACACGCCAAAGCGAUGAGAAGUUUUGCAUUCCUGUUAGAGAAAUUUAAAAUGUAUUAUUUACCAGCAAUAUGUCCACAGUAUAAUUAUAAGAAUUCAUUAUAUAAACCUAAUCUUGAUUUGCCAGUUCAACACAAUAUACUAGAAGAUGACUUAGCAAUAUGCAGAGUAAUAUUGAUAAAAUGGGUUGCGAAUUACGCCCAUUUCAUGAAGAAACAAGGCAGCGAGGGUGGCCAGCCCUCUUCUAUGACGAGUACAGGAUCGCACAUUGUACAUUCAAAUACACCUACACCGGCAACUUCUUUACAUCAUGAGGAAGAGACUUCAUUUACUGUUGGACAGCCCUCGGACUCCAGUAGAGCUUCAUCACACGAUUCCGCCUCUAAUACUCCACACCCUAGCCUGGAUUCAGGGGCAGGGAUAUAUGAAGAGCUAUCCUCAGACCAAGUGGUACGCGAUGUUUUGUGCUGUUCUUCAAGAGAACAUGUUGACUUUACAAUAGAGAUUUUGAGACAGGCUUUUCUACUGCCAUUCUCACACGCAGCUGCUGUAAGAAGAGUUAUUGCGCUUUAUAAAGAUUGGAUACAGAUGAACGUGACGGAAAUUCCUCCAUUUCUUUUGGAGAAUAUAUAUGACCAGCAGGCAGGUGGUGAGCCGCAAGUGCCGCCUCGUAGAUUGAGGAACGACUCAUAUUUGGGAGCAGUGGGAAGGGAUAAUGUUAUGGUCAGAGCUGGACUGCAGAAUGUAUUGCAAAUAUUCAUGACGCAAGCAGCGAACGUCUUUGUGUCAAGUACGAGUGUAGCGCCACCUGGUGGUCUACCCUCUCACCAAUUAUUAGAAGAACAGACCGACACGUGCAAGAGAGUGCUCAAUAUUUAUAGAUAUAUGGUGAUGCACGUCGGUAUGGACGACCGCUCUUGGGAACAACUUCUCUUGGUACUCCUUCAAAUAACGUCUAUCGUUCUAACAAAAGUUCCGACCAAAAAGAAACAGGAAACCCUUGGAGGACAUUUAGCGCCGGCGUUGUUCCAGACAUUAAUUGUGACGUGGAUUAAAGCUAAUCUGAAUGUCGCUGUUAAGGCGGACUUAUGGCAAAGUUUCAUGGAAUUGUUGACGAGGCUCACCCACUGGGAGGAUCUAAUUAAGGAGUGGGCAAAAACAAUGGAAACACUGACUCGUGUGUUAGCGCGUCACGUGUACGCUUUGGAACUGUCGGAGAGUGGUGGGGGAGGGGAAUUGCGUACACGCGGACGUAGACCCGCGCCCGUUACGAAUGCUAACCGCCCACCGCCCUUACGGAGGGCUGCUUUACAGCCCAAUGAUACUAGGACACCCGGUAAAUCUCCACGAGUGGGUCACGAGGCACAUCCACGGAAAGACGCUUCGUCUCGAAGACCUUUGGCCCGUUGUCGGAGUGACCCCCACUUAAAUAGACAUGCGCACACACCGCAGAACUCACAAGAUGAAACCAAAGAUCCAAUUGAUGGUAAGCGGCGAUGGUACUCCUUGGACUCGCUGAGACACUCUUCACAAAAUGAGGAAAGGGAUUCCGCCAGCGGUUCACGAUCACCGUCUCCAGCGCCAUCUAGCGGCGUUGAAAGCAGUUCAAUCAAGGACUCGCCUUUGCAAAUAGAUCUAGCUUCUGAUGGCGGCAAUGUUGAAUGGUCGGAAGCUGACGGCGGUGAUGGGGGGGAUUGUAUGGAGGGAGACGUGAGGGGGUCAGGGGGAGUGGGGGUAGUUAUGGGGGGCAGGGCGAGGGGCUGGUUGCCUGAUGUCGCCUGGGUCAUGUGGAGGAGGAUGAUGGCAGCCUUGGGAGACCCAAACGCCUUAAAGGAUCCUCAUGCCCACCAUAAUUUAUUCAACUACUUGAUACAUCUUAAUGCCACUCUUAUUAAGAUAAGUGCUAAUCAGACGCUCAAUGGCAAUACGGAGAUCCAUGUGCCGUUUAAUUUGGUGGCUGGAUGGUGUCUGGAGGCCGAGGCGUUGCCAUCAUCACAUAGGGCGGGAAAGUUACUGGCACUGCGAUUACUAUGCGAGUCGACGCAAGCGCAAGGCCCGGGGGCGCCUUCUUCGUGCAACAACAGGCUGCAUUUAGCACACCUAAACUUAUACCAAAGAGCUCUUCACCAUGGUCUGACUGGCGAAGAUCGUUCAGUGGUGGACGUGUUAGUUGAGUUUGCGGCACCGCGAUAUCUCUCGCUGGCUCUGGACGGAUAUUCAUUAUUACUCCUGGAUUUCGUUCAUGCGUCGACUAUUGUUCUUAAUUCUUCGGACAUGGGGCCAUCGUGUCCUCGAACGGCCGCUGUAACAUUUCUGGCAUCGCUGUUGUCUUUACCAGACGGUCUGAUGAGUGCACCAAUGCUGCAGCCAUAUCCUCAUCAGUACAAUACGGUGUCCUGCCCAGACCUGAAGGAACACGUACUUAACAUAGUAGUGCGCGUGUGUCGUCGCGAAGGUGCAGCCGCAGCUCGUUGUGCGGGCGCGUGCGCGCUCGUCGCUCACGUCUGCCAUUUGCUCGCGACGCGUACUCAUUGCGAACGGUUGCCGGCCUAUGUUACUUGUUUGCUGCAGAUGUUGAUGAUGAAGAAUAAAACAAUAGCCAAAGUAGUUAGCGAUGCUGUGCUCGUUUUAGCGGACUACACUGAUAGAAUCGUCGAGAUGUAUCCGGGACUUGCUGAGAAAAUAAUAAAGUGCAUUUGUGCGUGUUUGGCACAAAUAUCGCAUAAUGGCGGUAGAGACAAUGUACGACCGCUGGCUGGCUCGUUACUCUUAUGCCUCGCCGAAUUCGCUGUUCGCUGCGGACCCUCGCUGCUCAUGCAGCACGAGCAAGACGAGCAGACCCUACUCCUCAUGAUAUUUAGGGUUUUGUAUGCUGUAAUGAAAGGCACGAAUGGUGCAGACAUCGAAGGGCUGACGUUGCCCGUGGAUGAAGAUUUUGACCCAAAUAUCCAAUUGGAUAAUCUAGGGCCUAAGACAGUUCCUGCUUCAAGUAUUGAUGUCAAGUUAUGGGCACAGGCAAUAUGCUCCCAGCUGGUGCUCUACCUGGGUCAUUGGCCAUUAUGGACAGGAUGCCAGCUCUCCUCGACGGUUUGCGAACAACAUGACAGCAUUCCUUCUCUUGGAACAGAACUCGGUCCUCCGGUACUCACAGCGCCUCAUAUACAAGUCAUGAGAUUGAGUGAUUCCACGUUGGCAUCGUUUAUUGAAUUGCCAGCGUUGGAUUUGCCUCAGGGAGGGACUACCCCAGGACUGGUGACGUCAGACCGUCAAGUGCGCGUGUUGUUGCGUGACAUCACGGGCAAAUCUUGUUGGGACGCCUCUGCGCUGUACUACGACCCUUCGGUGACGUCGGCUGAAGUUAUUGAACCGUUACCUCUACCUAAAGUUGUAGAGACACCGAGAGACAACACCCUAUCAUCAUUACCGCCGCCAUUACCCCCUGAUCUCCUGCCGGACUACAGGAAUUCACCGCCAGACAAACAUCAACUGGAUCACGUAUUAGCCUACAUAGGCCAUACGUCACCAGAGGUCACGUGCGGAAGAAGACUGGACGAGGCAGGCCCAUCUCCCUUACCACCAGGACUUGAAGAUGAAUUGGUUUGCGCACUCGUAGCUCAUAGGAACGCCGAGAGACACUACCUACAGAAUAGAGACAGCGAGGAAGAUGUAGAAUCCGUUGACAUAUCAUCAAUCAGUGGUUCGAGCGAAAACGUUUUCGCUGCGUCGAGUCAGCUAGUGUCGCAAUUGGGUACUCUGGCGCCUGCGAGACGUGCGCACGCGCAUCUUUUGAAACGCACCGAUAGACUGUUGCGGGAAUUAAGGAAUCUCGAUGCGCAGCGGUGUCGUGAAACGCACAAAGUGGCCGUGAUAUACGUGGGCAAGGGGCAAGAGUCGAGAAACGAAAUCUUGUCGAAUCGUUGCGGCAGCGCAGCUUAUGAGGCCUUUUUGGCUGCUCUUGCUUGGGAGGUGGAACUAGAGAGCCACGUGGGUUUCGCGGGUGGGCUCCGAGGCGGAGGGGGCGGAGGCACGAGUGCCCCUUACUUGGCCACUCUCACCUUGGAGGCCCUGUUCCAUGUGGCCACGCGGAUGCCGGCAGACACGCCAGAUGCAAUACUUAACAAGACUCGUCACUUAGGCAACGAUGAAGUGCACGUAGUGUGGAGCGAACAUUGGCGGCCAUACAAGCGAGACACGCUUCCCACUCAGUUUUGUGACGUCCUCAUCGUCUUGUAUCCUCUGCCCGGAGGUUUACUUCGAUGCACUGUCUCUAGGAAGCCUGAUGUUGGCGUGUUCGGUCCACUAUGGGAAGAAUGUAUAGUGCGCGUGAGUUGCUGUGCGGCCUUAGUACGAGGCGCGGCGUUCGCCGGCGGUCGAUCCGUUCGUGCGACGAUGCCUUUAUAUCAGCACGCGUGCAGCGAACGCGCACGCGAUUUGGACGCACUCGUCGCGACGCACACGCACGCCACGCCCUUCGAGCACUUUGUUACGAGGAUACGCGCUCCACUUCAUACCCACCAGCAGGAGACAGAUCAGAGUAGCGGCCGUCUUGCGAAUGCCUUACUAGACCACGGCGCUAGCGGCUGGUCCAACUCAGAACCGCAUACUGUGUCACCUCGCCCUGUCAAACGACUGGGUCCCUUCAAGAGACCCUUACAGCCCACUUCAGCCCCACAUACAGCACCACCCACUGUCCCAGCACCGGCGCCCAGACGUAAUCGGUGAACAUACUUUUAAGACAUAAGCUUUUACAUAAAUUUACAGCUAAUAACAGUUUUAUACAACCCCAACGAAUCGUCACUUUUUUUGAAGUCGGUUAAAAAUAUUUACUUCCAUAGAGUAAAAGAGUUUAAGGGCCGGUCAUUUUUGUACUUUUUCGAUAUCAACCUUAUGAAAAAAUAGUAUAUUAUCUAAGGAAAGGAGUAGGAAACUCAUGCACGCGUCGUGUAGGGUUUAAUGAGAAUUAAAAACUUUUUUCUUUUACUAACAAUAAUAUAUGAAAUAUAUUAGACCGACAGCCUAAUCUCGUUAAUUAAUAACACGACUAAAGUUUAACAGUGUGUAACUAAAAAUUGUAAUUAUAAAUUAGGUUUGAAAUAAACUCUUGAGUAUAUCAAAACAAUACUCAAUAAUUGUGGAAUAUCAUAAUAUGAAAUCAAUGUGUGUAUGAUAAAGAUUUAGGGUGAACUAUAAGUAGGUGGUUUUUGACAUACGGAAGUCAUGCCUAGCGCAGUCUCAUCUCUAAAUCUUACUUUACGAGACACCGUGAACUUAAAUUACUGCUAUUAAUAAACAAAACUUUAGCCACAACAAAAAAUAUGCCGCAAAUACGAAUUGAAUUCUUGUGUCUCUUUGAAAAUAUAUAACGUUACAGAACUAAUUAUGAAGAUCAAGAAUGUCAUCAAAAUACUGAACAUUUGAGGCUUACGGUACAUUAUUGAAUAAUAUCGUUAAACUUAAAUCUAGUUUGAAGAGCUGUCGAACCAUUUUUUCUUUAUGUCGUUUAACGUGUAUGAAGACGAGAUUGUGACGAAUUAGAUUACGGGGGGUUUUACUCAUUUACUCAUUGGCAUAUAAAAAAUAUAAUUUUACUAAAGAAAAACAACCGAUAUCGUACUUUUUAUUUAGUUAACGUUAGCAUAGCUAUAUUUAUUUAAAUUAUUCAAGUUUCCUUAUGGCUGAUAAGUAUUCACAAAUUUGAAAAGGUUUGUGUAGUACCAUCAGUAAAAACGUCGUCCAAAAAGAGUUUCUUAGUUAAAUCUAAAAGCAGACUUAAUAAAAAAUUAUGUACUUAAUAAUUUAUUGAAUAAGAUUAGUAAUAUUGUGCAUUUAAUAUAAUUGUAGUGGGUAGGCAAGCCUUAAAUUUUUAUAUCUGCCUACAGGCUUUAAGUAUAAUGAUUAUAAGGAUUUCUGAUUACUUCCUUUUGCCGGGUAUGUAAAGAAAUAUUAAAGUUUUUAGAAAAGAUGAAGGAGUUUAACCUAUUCUAUCUGUUUUUCUUUUUAUUACAUUCAAGAGUUUGCAAUGUAGAAUUAAAAUGCUUGAAUGAACACAUACAGUAUUUAAUUUUUUUUUGUUUAAAAACUGGCGAUGAUACUAUGAUUAAUAAAAAAUAUUCAGAUUGCAAUGUCAGAAAUUAUGUUGUCUGAUAUAUCUGUACAUAUGUAAACUACUUGUAGAGCUUUAACUGUUGUAGUGUUUACAAUAUUCUACUAUUUAUUUUUAUAUAGAUUGAUAUUUCUAUAUGGCACUAAUUUUAAUUGUUAUCUCUCUCAGCGGCUCUACUCUUAUGUGUUGUUAAUGUAUAAUUUUACGCUUUUUAGAUCUGUUUUAUGUAAUUUUAUUUGUUUUAAACAAUAUGUUUUUAAGUCCGCCACCAAAUGUAAAAUAUUUAAAAUAACGUUAAGUAACGUUAUAUCAUUGCUCUUUAUUUGUUAUGAUGACAAAUUUAGUUGAUAUCAAACUGUUAUGUUUUUGUGUAUUUCAAAACAUUUGUUUAAAUUAUAUACUAUACUAUUUUGAUGAGAUUUACACAAUUUUAUUGUAUCAAAAGUGUGAGAUAAGUUAUGGUUUCUAUGUUGUGUUAUAAUGCAUUCCAACUAAUUUAUCAGUAUUUCAUUUGCAGUAUCUAUCUUUAUUUUAUGUAGUUAAUAUAUAUUAAAAUUAGCUAAGACUGACACAGAAAUGUGAAUCGCAAGUAUUAACUUUACACAAAAUCUUGGUUUGUGGUGUGUUUCACUUAUUUCGAAUCGUAAUCCAUAACUUCUUCAAAUUUAAACAAUAUUGUAUUAAUAAUAGAUAACACAUUUUAUAAACCACAGAUAAGUUAUAUCCAAGUUUUAUAUUAAAAGGUGAAAAAUAAAAUUCUGUUAUAUCUA